AUGUGGACUGCCAUUGUAUUCUUCCUGCUGGUUUCCUUCUGUAUAUGUGAACACAAGUUUUCUGUCCUGAAAGGCAGAGGAGUCCAUGUAGUGCAAAUAAAUAGGCUUACAAGUGAAAAACAAUGCAGGGAAGCUUGUCAAAGCCCAGGGGCUUCAGGAAACUGUAAUUGGUCUGUGCCCUACCAGAAUCACUGCAUCCUCCUGCAGUGUCACCAGCUGAGUGUGUGCCAAAAUGCUGGAGAACAAGACAUCAAAGAUCUACUUGGAGACACUGUCAGCGCGAAAUGGGAAAGAAUCCUGUUUCACCAGCAGAGCUAUCCACAGAAAAAGGAGAGGAUGCUGAACGCACAGGUUGACCAACACACUGUGGAAAACCUGUUCUCAACUGCUCAGACUGGCAAGAUUCACUUGAGGCAUUUACUUGAGGCUGACGGUAUAGGUGUCACAACAAAUAAAACAGAACCAAUUGCAAGCCAAGCUGCCACCACCACCACUGCCCCAGUCGUAACAACAAACAUUACAAAUGCAACUGUCUUCAUUACUGCUAAUGAAACAACUGCCAAAGCCUCAAACGCCUCUGGAGGUUCUGAAGCCGUGUCAUCCACUGCCUUUUCUCCCAAUUCUGAUAACAGCUCUGCUUCUACUUCCAGCCAUGUCGCCCCGAGUGCGAGCACCAUCCAACCAUCAGGAAAUAAUAACUCUGUCUCAGUAUUUUCCCCCACGUCUGCUCCCCUCACUGUUCCUUCUGGGGCAGGUACUCACACAGAGCAGACUCAUCCAGCUGCCACCACCACCAGUGCUCCCCUCUCUAAUCACCUCACCACUGCUGGAGCUGACCCGAAGACACUGACCACCACAUUGACCACCCUCACGCCACAGGAUGCAAAGACAUCUUCCACUGCUUCCACACAUGCCACAGCACUCACCCCCUCAGAGAGUUCUCACUCUGCGACUCCACUGCAUGUCAGUACAUUGCUAGACCUAAAGCCAGGAGUGAGUACAACCACAUCACCCUCGAAUGAAUCAACUUCUGCCCUGAGCUCUACAAGAAGUGCCAUGGUUUUAACUACAGCCUCUACAGUAGAAACUACAACUGAGCAUGGGAUAAAAUCAACAUCUGACAUCUUUGCAACAACCAAGGCUCCAACAGAUGCACCCAAAACAACAGCUUUGGGCCUUGCAGAAACUCAGGGCACAGACAGUGAGUAUCUUCUCAUUGCUGCUGAGCCCCUGACUCACUACUUAGUGGACAGAAGUUCCCUUCUUGCAGUGCUCUUAGUUGGUACGGUUUUUUUCAUAACUGUUAUAGUUCUUUUCCUCAUGCAGGCCUACGAGAGCUACAAGAAGAAAGAUUACACACAAGUGGAUUACCUGAUCAAUGGAAUGUAUGUGGACUCAGAGAUGUGA